UUGAAUGCGACAUUUAUUUUCACUUUCACACUCAACCUACAUGCAAAACCUUCACUCACCAACAAUCAAAAAAACAGUGCAAAACCUUUCAAAUUAUUGCAAAUCCGAACUUCUCCAAUUUGGAAUUCUACUAUUUUCACUCUAAAAACUUCCCCAAUUUGUUUUUUGGAAGUGAUAAUCUGGUUACAAAAACUUGAACCCUAACAAUUGAAAAUGGGGAAAUCGAAAAAAGGAGAAGAAGUUGAUGCGAAAUGUUCUAUUGAGGAUGAUGUUCCUUUGACAACGACUUUAUUGAACUUAAGAAACAAAAAGAAGAAAGAGAAAGAAAUUACACCAACAAUUGAUGCGGAUUUGUUGGAAGAUAUCAACAAAGAAGUUUCAGAAACGGAAGAAGAAGAAGAAGAGAGCGAACUUUCCAAACAAAGGAAAGCAUUGCAAGAACAACAGAAGAUGGUGCAAGCACUUCAGGAAAAGCUGCUACAACAGGAAAAGCAGCUGGAUCUGAUUGAACAAAAAAAGAAGGGUGGAGAAGGACAAAAAAAUUCCAGCAAAGAUCCUGAAAAGCAGGAAGAAACUGAAAAGAAAGAGCAUGAAGUAAAAGUGCAUGAAGAAGUGAAAGAACCUGAAAAAGAGGAGGCUGAGGUAAAAGUUCCAGAAGAGCUGGAUGAACCAGAAAGAAAAGAAAAGAAAACGAACUUAAAAAUUACUUUGAGAAAGAAAAAAGACGGAGAAGAAGCUGGUGAGGAACCUGAAAAAGCAAAGGGGAAGUCUAGGAAAUCAAUACCAAACAGGAAAAGGACAAGAAGUCAAUUGCUGAAAGAAGAAUUUCCCGAUCUUAUCAAAGAGGUAAAGCAGGAAUUGGAAGAGGCACAUAAGAAGAAGAGCUUGUUGCCUGCUGAGAAAAUUUCAACAAAAAAAGUUGCACCAAAUGCUAAGAAGGGGAAUGGAGUUACUUUGAAAAAGACUGCAGCACUUAAGAGGGGUAGCAAAGUUAAUCAGAUAGUUGUGAGGGAGGUUUAUGAAGACGAGGAAGAUGAAGAAGGAGGUGAAGAAGAAGGUGAAGAAGUAGAAGAGGAAAGUGAACCCUUAAUGAAGAAGGGGAAAAAAGUAGUUGAGAAGAGAGCAACAAGAAGUAAACAAAUUGUUGUUUCUGAUGAGGUCAUGGAGGAGGUGGAUGAUGAGAAACCAAAAUCUUUGGUUGUUGCCAAACCAAAACCUGAAGAAAGGAAACUAAAUCUAAGGCAAACUCCGCAAUUGAUGAUGCGAUUCUUGAGGGGAAUUGCAUCUAAUGAACCACAUGAUAUAAGAAAACAACAAGCCAUCGUGGAGUUAGGCUUUGGAUCUCUUCUGCAACUUGACAUCCCACAAAACGAAAAUCCAUUCCCGUACGAGUUGGUUAGGAAUUUCAACUCGUCCGACCGGUCCUUACAUCUACCAAAGUCUUCCCUUGAUAUUACUGUAGAGGAUGUAUACCUGGUGUACGGUAUACCUAUUGGAGGAGCUCCGGUCGUGGAAUGGACGGAUGAACAAGAUCCUGAAGUGUUGAGGGUUUUUGCUGAAUUUUGGGCAUACUGGCAAGUGAAGUCUGGAUGCCCAAAAUUGAAAGAAAUGGUUGAAAAACUGAUCAAAGAUGAGACUCCAGUUGAUGAUAACUGGAAGAGAUCUUUCCUAGUGGUUGCAGUUAACACCUGCAUUAAAUCCACUACUAAUUUAUCGCCAAACUUCAGAUUCCUAGCAAGCACUGUUGACUUGGAGCAAGUGAGGAAUCUAAAUUGGUGCCAGUAUGCAUACACCAGCCUUCUUGGGGCAGCUAUGUACUGGAAUGUGGACCGUAGCAGAUGGUUUGCUGGUCCACUACCAUUUCUAAUGGUAUGUUAUUUCGAUCGGGUGCAGAUCAUGGAAGAGUACCCUCCAAGGAACUUCCCCCUAAUUUCUUGCUGGACAAGAGAUAUGAUAAGCAGCAGGGUACGCAAUGACAAUGCUACAGGCUUCGGACAUGGCUUGAUUCUGGACAGAAUUCAAGGUCCACCUGAGCUACAACUGUACAGGGAGGAUAUGGAGCUGCUCAAACAGCAAAAAGCACUCAGUGAACAACCACCACCACUUCUUCUUCAACACCCACAACAACAACAGCAGCAACAUGAUGAACAACCAUCGCAGCAACCACUGCAGCAACCACAACAGCAACAUCAACACCAAGAGCCUAACUGGUCCACAAAUGAUGUGUCCAGAGAACAUCAAGGUGCACCAGUGACUCAACUCGGGGAUGACAAAGAUUUGCCAGAGCAACAGGCAGACCCCAGUGAGAAAGCAAAAGUCCCUUCUACAAUUGAGGAAUUCCAUGCUGAAUUCACUAAAACCACUACUGAACUCAGUAGUGUCAUGAACAAGUUCAACGACUUAUUGUCGUUGUCCAGAAAGUUCUUUGACACUACUAUUGAUGUCAAAAAAAGUCUGCCAUUCAAUAUGGCAAAAAUGUGGUCAACAUGCUCUGGAACUGAAAUUCCAGUUACUUUUGAGAAGGGCAACUCUACAGAAGAGCGGCAAGAAGGAAGGAAUACUGAGGAGAUUGGUUCAAUCCUCAGUCAAGAUAAAGAAUUUUUCAGUUCAGACUACUUCACAAUACUAUUUGAGGAAGCAGUACGAAAGGCAACAGAAGGAAAUGAAAGAAAGGAAAUCAAGGAAUCUGAGGAUGUUACAUUUGAUUUGCCACCAUUUUUAACACCUCCGAUCAUGCCUUCCCAGCCUAAUGUAUUUGCUGAUUUGACAUUGAAGCUUGGAAUGGUUUCCGAUUCAAAUCCUCCUCCUCAGGCACACGACUUUGAAGAGGAAAUGAGAUUAGAAGCAAUCUUGGCAAACAAAACUUUGACUGAACGUGAUUUGGAGACAAUUUCAGGGGACAACAAAAAUGAAGCUGAAAAACAACAGCCACCUACAGAAAAAACUGAGUAUGCGUUCUUUUAAAACAGUUCACAUACACAUGUAUAAUAAAUAUGUGACUGUUUCUUUCAUUAUUCACAAUGUUCUUUUAUAAACAAUUAUUUGUUUUUUUAUUCGUUUGAUUUGUUCUUUUUAUUAAUUCUCUGUCUUUAUACAAUUAU